AUGGCUGCUACUACUCCUGCAUCUGAGUCGUGGUCGUCGCCUCCUCGUAGGCAGCAUCAUGGUGGAGGAGUUAGUCGUAGUAAGAAGGGACGGGAGUAUGACAGAGCGUGGUAUGAUGAUGAGGAGGGCGGAGCGGCUCAUAGCUCUUAUCUUGGGGUCACGGAUGAGAGUAAUGAGAAACGCUGGGCUGAGAAGGAAGAAAGAUAUCGUCAAGACCAGGAGAAGAAUCGUCUCACUCGACAGCCUCGGAUGUCUGUCCAAAGCCGUGCAAGAAAUCGAGAUGGAGAUGCGUGGGAACUGAGUCGACUGGCACAGGCAGGAUUCUCGUUCAGGAAGGAGAUGGCUGAGAAUGUAGGCGAUCUUACUACUGAUGAUACUGGAGAUCGUCAAGCAGUUGUUGUGAGGAACUACAGGCCGCCUUUUCUUGAUGGCCGAGUUCAAUUUAGCUUCCAAUUGGAGCCAGUGUCAGUGGUGAAGGACCCAACGGCAGAUCUACCUACACUAGCUAAGAAGGGUUCGAGAGCUAUGAGGCAUUUGAAGGAGACCCAGGAUAAAACUAAGAUGCGAGAGAGGUUCUGGGAGGUUGCCGGGUCGAAGAUUGGUGAAGUUAUGGGAGUGAACAACAAGACCAUCCAGGGUGAAGACGAGGAUGAAGAUGAGACUAGACGGCCAAGCAUCGAGGCCGUCAUGUCAACGACAAUACAUUAG